GUAACUCUAGAGACCCGUGGAUUCGAUAUUUAUCACUUGAGCCACUAUACUGCAGUCCCUUUCAUUGGUUACACUUGGCCUUUGUUAGGUGUUGUGUUUUAGAGCAUCAAUAACCGUGUGGAGAAAAACGAACUCACACCGAAGAGCUCCCGUGGCAAGGACGAAUAAGAAGGUUUCAUUGACGAUUCUCAUCACUCUCCCCUUCCCGAGAGCAACUUUGAAGACCGAGUCAUGGCUGUGGAGGAGCAAGAGAAUCCUUUCUAUGAUCUUGAAUGGCAUCUUGCCCUCCAAACAGUGCUUGAAGACAGGAAUGGGAAGGUCGGAAAAGAGGUUGAAGAGGAGGAAGUGAGCAUUGAAGAAGGGGAAAUCUUGAUUGUUCCCUAGGGGAGGAACAAAUGGAAGAAGAAGGAGGGGAGUUUGAAGAUGAAGUAGAAGGAGCAAGUGGUGUCCAAGAUGAGGACGGGGUCAGGGUGGAUGAAGCAUUCACAAGUUACAAGUGCUAUGAAAGCUUUCCACCUGACCUUGAUGCACUUUUGGAGAAGGACCCAUUUGCAUCUCUUUGCAAAUCCAAGGCCGAGCCAUCAACGAUCCCUCUUAGUGGAUGCGAUGGAAGCCAAUCGAGAAUGAAGAAGAAAGAAAGAAGGAGAGGUCUCGUGGGUGGAGCCUCAUGACAACUCAAGUUCACGAGCCCUCAAUAAUGGAUUUGUCCAAAGCUCGUGACUUGAGACACCACCUCACCAACAAGAACCUCAACUUCAAGGAGGUUCUUGGGUGGACCGAAACUUGAAGAGCAACUGUUAGGAUCACUACGUUAAAGAAGCGCUUGUUGGGAGGCAACCCAACCAUCAACGGUUUGCAUAUCUUCUCCUUUUUAUAAGACGACCAAUGGAGAGCUUUCGCUUUUUUUUUGCCACCUCCUUGCUCUUCCGGAUCUCACCCGCCCUCAACUCCCGAACACCAACAUUCACCAUUAUCCGGUAACAUCGUUCUACCUCCUUCUUUUACCCCAUUGAGGGAAAUGUCAAGCUUAAGUGUGGGAGGUAGUCCAUAAUGCAUGUGUGUGUGAAUGUUUGGUGUGAUUUUGAAUGCUUGGAGCCUAGUUGUAUGCCCAAAUUUUUAAAUUUUGAGGGCUCCAAGCAUAGAAACUUCUACAUUUGCAUGAUUGUCUAUGGAUGAUUUGCUUGUUAUUAUGUGCAACCUAUGAUGAUGAUUGAGACAUGUAUUAGGUUUGUGCAUAGGUUCAUUUCUCAUAUGUUUGUGAACCGAUAGAUGUUUUGAAUCAAUUACUUACUUUUCA